AUGGAUGCAACAAAUUCAAGAUCCACAGAAAAAACGCUAUUACCACAGGUGAAACCGCACUCUGGGCACGACCCUAAAAUCUUGAAGGGUAUUUUUAUAGGUUUUCUUAACAGAGCAUAUACCAUCUGCAAAGGACAACAUCUGGAAGAGGAAAUUCAAUUUCUAAUUAAGUGUUUUAUGGAAAAUGGGUAUAAUGAAGUAGAACUAACAAAAAUCGAAAGUUCUUAUCGACAAAAACGAAACGAAAAGCAAGACAACAGAAACGGACAGCAGCAACAAGAUUUAAGGAUAGUAUCAUUGCCCUGGGUACCAGGAUUGAGUCCAAAAUUACGUAAGUCAUUUCGCAAAGCUGGCUAUAAAACUGUCUUUAAAAGCUCUGCUAAUCUUCAGACAAUAUUGACAUUGAAAAACAAAUGCCAACUACCACCACUAAGUCAACCCGGCGUAUACAUUAUCCCAUACAAAUGCGGCAAAAAAUAUGUCGGGGAGACGAAGUUGAGAAUCGCUACCCGCUUCGAACAACACAAAGACACAAUCAUUAAAGAAAAGUGGAGCGCAUCAGUAGUUUCAUUUCACUCUAGUUCUUGUAAUGCUGGUUAUGAUUGGGACAAUGCGAAAAUGCUUAAACAAGAAUUUAAUAAAUUUGAUCGUAAGGUACGCGAAGCAUUGGAAAUACAGUUCCAGGGCACGUCACCGCGUAGUGAACACGGCCUUAAUCUAGACGGUGGUCAGUAUGUGACGACGAAGUUCUGGAAGCCAAUGUUCGCGUACCUUAAACGGAAGUCGUUACAGUGA